GGGAGUCAAUUGGUCCGCAGGAGCCCACCAAGGGAAAGGAGGUGGCAGGCGUGCAAACCUGCACCCUGCAGCCCCCAGCCAGGAGUCAGGAGGCAGCCACCAGGAAGCUCACAGGGCCUGCAGCAGGGCGAGGGGCGCUCGGGGCGUUGGCACAGGCGCGCGCGCCUGCGUCGCCUUCUCGGAUGCGGCGAGGACGACUCUGUGUCGCGACCUGAGCCAUUCAACAGCUGGCCUCGCCCGCGGCAGUGGCAGAGAGCGACCAGGAGGGUUGAUCGUUGACACUGCGGCGGUUGGAGGGAGGCGGCGGCGGGAGCGGUGGCGGUUCCGCUACCCCAGAGGAGCCAAGCGUGAAGUGUCCCUUGCUUAGGAUGCCACAGGACAGUGCUCGCCAUGAAGAGUUCCCAUGAAUCGUGGCCUUUGUGAUAUUUUCUUCUUUGACACAUUUUCUGCAUCAGGUGGUGUGAGGACACCAUGACAGUCACAGUGGUUUAUGAUAACUCUGAGGCAACAGAGCUCUGUGCUGCUCAGCACCUCUACCUCAAGCCUAUAGCAAAAUUAAUGAUCAACGUGUUGCUCCCAGAAUGUAUAGAACCUGUGAGGCCCUUCUCUAACUGGGAAGUUCUUGACCAACUGAAAAGUCUGAUUUGCCCUGACCAGUUCACCACAGUGCGACUCUCCAAGAGUACAAAAGACUUCAUCCGAUUUGAGGGUGAGGCUGAAACACGAAGUUUGGUUCAGAUCCUGAAAGCCAAGUUACAUGGGAAGAUCAUCAAGCUCAAUGGUUUGAAAACGGACUUAAAAGUAGUAGCGACAGAUGCCCAGGGAGAGUGGGAACACUUCCCGAAAGAGAAAGAGGCCUCAGUGAUUGAGGGAGCUGAAGAACAAGACCAUGAUAAGAGCCCUGAUUCUAUCUACUUUGAAGGCUUGCCCUGUAAGUGGUUUGCACCUAAAGGCUCCAGUGGAGAGAAGCCCUGUGAGGAGAUCCUUCGAGUAGUCUUUGAGAGUUUUGGGAAGAUCAAGAAUGUGGAUAUCCCCAUGCUUGACCCCUACCGAGAAGUGAUGACAGGUGGGAGCUUUGGGGCUUUUAACUUUGGCUUGCAAACAUUUGAAGCCUUUAUACAAUACCAGGAGUCAACUGACUUUAUAAAAGCCAUGGAAUCCCUUCGCGGAAUGAAGCUGAUGCUUAAAGGAGAUGAUGGCAAAGCUCUGGCAUGUAAUAUUAAGGUUAUGUUUGAUACCACCAAACAUUUCAGUGAAGGAGCUAUACAGAGGAGGAAUCAGGAAAGGCUAAAAUUACAGGAGUUGGAGGAAGAGAGGAAAAAAGAAAAGAAAAGAGAAGAAGAAGUAGCUGAAAGAAAAAGAAAAGAUGAAGUAAGGAAAGCCCAAGAAAAGAGAAAGAAGGCCAGGGACAGGAGGCGAGCUCUGAAGGAAAGAGACAGACACCGGCAAAGAAAGGAAAAAGUGAAAACCAAGCCUGAGGCUCGUCAGGAGCUAGACCCUUCUGGAGAGUGGGAGGAGCGGAAGUACUUGCUGAUUCGGAGGCGGGUUGAAGCUCUUCGGUUACUCCGGGUGCUCCUGAAGAAAAUUGCAGUUUGGAUGAGAAAAGAGAAGAACCUCAAGCCUUGUCAAACACACAUUAGCCUUCUCUUGAACUGUCUGGGAUCCACACAGUGUAACCCACAGGAAGUUGAUGUUAUGAAGUCCGAAGCUCAUCAUACCCCAGGGACCACAUUGAAAUCACCAGAGGAACAAGAAUUAAACACUCAGCAUCUUCUAGAUUGGGAAGAAAUGCCAAGCUAUCAGGCUUCCACACUUGAUCUUAGUCAAAAGGCCGAGAAGCGGUGCUAUCAGGCUUCCGAGUCUGAUAGUAAACAAAAACAAAAAGUCAAGAAAAGAACUAAGGCUCAGUUACAGAAAUCUUCACACACUCCUGGGGUGAAACAAAUGAGACGCUCAGCUAGAAAAGAAGAAACGGGAAAAGCCUUAAGUGAUAGGUGUGAUUACAGUUCGGUCUCUGACCAGAAUUCCUUGCAGAGUACAAUGAUUGCAGGUCAGUCCCCUGCAAAGGAAGACCACGCCAGUUCUAAUGAAUCCCAUUCUUCUAGACAAGCUGUGAUCAACCGUGGCAGGAAACAGAAGAUCUAUGAAACAGAUGAAUUUAUNGACUAUCUAUUAAACUAUUAUCAGACCCCAGAGUAUGCCCGAUUCUGUCUUGAGGCAAGUCACCUAACAAGCACGUGUCAGUGGCAGAGAGAUGUCUACGCUAAGGGGGAUGGCUUUCAGGUCUAUUUAAGAAAACAGGGGUACCACUCAAACAGUCUGAGUGAAGUGGAAAGCCUGCAAGGGCUAGAGCAGGAAGAAGAGCAGGACUGGCCGGAAGUGUAUAUGAAUGAUCCUGAGAGGAAGUCACAAAAGACAGGCAAGAUCAACUAUGCCAAAGAAUUUACAAAGAAAUUUAAAAACCAUUACAAGGACAUAGCAAGUGAAACUGAUGAGCACCUGUCUCCAACUGAUGGAGAGAGCUAUCCUGUGGAAAAGAUUCACAGUCACCGAAUCAAGGAUGCUCACCACACAAGGAAAAGCCCAGUUUCCUCAUCAUUACGGUCAGUAGAUGNAGGUUUGCCAUUGGCAGACUUCUUGGAGGAAAUUAGUAGCGAUUCUGAGUGCUUCAGUGAAAGUCUUAGCAUGGACCAAGAGGAGGAAAGGUCUAUGGCUGUCUAUAAUAGCUCCCCGGAAAAAAGACCUCUUGGUCCUGACAAAAUCAGUACUUGCAAACAGAAAACGAGGUCGAGUGAGCAGACCUUGUGUUCAGAGUGGAAACAUGACAGUGAGGGAAAGUACUCUAAACACAAAGUUAGGGCACCAGCUAAAAGGUCCAAGUCUGAACUAAGAUACUCGUGGCUUGAGGAGGAAUGUGAUUCCAUUAGAGUUGACAAGAACGUAAGCAAAACUAGGGGGAAACUAGCCCCCAAAUACCUGCUUGAUGAAGGCUACUACCACGAGUCCAGUUCCAGUGAUGAAUUAGAAACCACCACGAGGAAGAGGAGGAGACUUACUAGCAGUAUGUUUGACCACAAUGUGAAAUACAGGCCCCUUCAUAUGCCAUUAAUGCCGCCAAAANGUGCUAGAGCAUUCUAUUUGGGAUAUUUCUCCAGGAAAAGGCAGAAUCCAUGGAAGUCAGAAUAUAACCAGGAUGUAAGAAGGUUUAAAAGAUAUGAAAAUUCUGAAGAUUACAUGCUUGAUUCUGAUAAUUACUAUGUCAGCCAUNAUGACAACCAGGAGNACAUUGAGUAUGGACGCUACUUAGGAGACAGCUACUCUGGNUCUUUGUAUUUUAAAAUGUUCUGACGGCCACNUUGAUCAGGAACACCCUUAUUUACAAGAAACAGUUGACGAGAAGAAAAACUUCAAACCAAAUAUAGCUAUGUUGUUAGCAACCACAGUGCAAGAACUAGAAGAGGGUCAAGUGCAAAAGCUUGUUCCUCUUGCCAAAGUUCAAAGUNUGGAUCAGAGUAACUGCAGGUAUGUCAGCAAGCUUUGGAAAUAGAAAACCUGUAGAUUCCAAAGCUUGGUGAAACAAUGUAAUUGCAAAACUUCUUGAUCCAAGGACAGAUCUCACUUUAAGCUUUAAUUUGGUGCCAGUAAAGGAGCAGAUUAGCA